UGUAUACAGUGAUCACUGGGAUUUAUUUUAAUAUCUUCUAACACAGAACAAAACCUUAACAAUGGGAAUAAGAAAAGUUUCAAUUAUUUCUGCGCUUAACCGGAAGUUAUCACUUUGCACAUUAGUGCUACUAUUGCUGGCCGGAACUAGUUCCGGUCAGAAAGACUGCACAAUGCAGGACCAGUGCUCGUGCACAAUGACAGACGGGAGUGGGAUUGUGGACCUCACCAGUCUUGCCAGUAAAACGGACGGACAACCAACAUUUAAGGACGUUAUGGAACAAGAAGAGGGCUAUUACUAUUCGUAUUCGCCUUGUGGUUCAUUCUCAGAGGUGGAAUGCAAGCAAGCGACGGCAUGUGUAUUAGAUCAAAACAAAAAGCAGUCGCAACAGAUUGGGGACAGCGGGAGGGCAGCCUUCCAAUACGAUGCUGACGCUGGAAAUGUGGUGGUCGCCUACACCGCCGGAACUGGUGUUUUAAAACUGACCACUGUUGACCUUAUAUGUGACGAGAGUGCAUGUGACCCGACGUUUACACCGAAAGGGGAACAAGGAGCGGGCCAGUUUGAAAUGAUGUUGAAGACCGUCUGCGCAUGCCCAGGCAAAUGUGACAGCAAGGGGCCCACGGGAGAUUGUAAGGGAGGAUCGGGGGCCUCUGGGGGCCUCAGCGGCGGCAGCAUUUUAUUGAUCAUAGUAUUUGGAGUACUUGUUUCGUACCUGAUUGGAGGAAUAUUGUUUAUGAAGUUUGUCAAAAAGGCAGAGGGUUCGGAGGCGAUACCAAACAAAGGUUUUUGGGCGUCUAUACCACGAAAUGUGGUGAAUGGUUGCAAGUUUACGGUUAGCAAGAUUCGACGGAAAGAUGUUACAUAUGAUCAGAUCUGAUGUGAACUAAGCUAUUUUGUAUGUGAAAAUGUGAAUAGUUAUGCGAUGAAUAUGAAUUCAAAUGUGAAAACCAACUUCAAUGUGGAUGUUCAAUAGUUAUGAGUUUAGAAUGAGAUUUUUCGUAGGCCAAGGCAACAAACAUUGUUUAAAAUAUGAAAUAUGCACACGUUUUUAAUUCCUAACUACAUGCUGCCUGUUGCUAUGAACAAUAGUUUAUGACAAAAAUGUUGUUCCUGA